AUGGGCAUGGGAAUGAAUGGUGUGCAGAGCACGAGCGGCAAGCGCCAUUCGAACCGCAUGUCUCUGGUCAGCGUGAACUGGAGCCCACCUCAGGCUUCGCCCAUCCAGUCCCCCGUGCUCCAGCAGGAUCCACGCCAGCAGCAGUACUACCAGCAUCAGGCCUAUGCCUACCAGCCUAUGCAGCCCGGCCCUCUGAUUGGUCAAUUUCAGUCUCAGCCCUACCAGCAGCCCUUCCAACAGUUCCCCCACCCCCAGCAGCAACAGCCCCCACAGCAGCAGCAACAGCCGCAACAGCAUGGAGAGGAGCACGUCGAUACUAUUCCGACUGCUAUCGUGAUCAAGAACAUUCCCUUUUCGGUCAAGCGCGACUCCUUGCUUGCUAUCCUUGAUAACCUCGACAUCCCCAAGCCCUAUGCCUUCAACUACCAUUUUGACAACGGUAUCUUCCGGGGUCUGGCCUUUGCCAACUACCGAACAGCUGAGGAGGCCGAUUUGGUCUACAACUCUGUCAACGGAUUCGAGGUUCAAGGAAGAAAGUUGAGAGUUGAGUAUAAGAAGGUGAUGCCUGCGGCGGAGCAAGAGAAGAGAGACCAGGAGAAGGCUGCUGCCGCUGCUGCCGCUGCGCAGGAAGCCCUUCAGCGCAGAGAGAUGGAGAUUAUGGAGAACCAGUUGCUGGAACAGCAACAGGAAAGACAGGAGAGACAGCGUGAGCUAAUGGAACUGCAGAGUCGCGAGUUUGAUCGCACUCGCAACCGUGCGUCCGCAGCCCUGUUGGAGCGACGGGACUCGGGACGCAGUCUUUUGGAUCGCGACGACUCGUCUGGGUCGCUGAACCAAUUGGAUUUGAAUGAUGGAGAGACCCUGGCAUUUUAUGACCGCCUGCUCAUGUUCCGAGGCGAUGCUACGAAAGACGAUAUGAUCUUCCCCGAGAAUCUGAGCGCUCGUCAGCGCAGAAUUCUGCAUCUCAUUGCCGACAAGUUGUCGCUGCAUCAUUACACCGAGGGCGAAGGAAACCUUCGUCGAUUGAUCAUCAUGAAAACCCCUCCCCCCAACUCUGCCCUGGAUUCUUCUGCCGGCUCCGCAGGACCGGGCACCCCUACCAAGUAUAUGAAGCGCGAACAGUAUCUCACAGGACCACUGACCCAAGUUCUAUAUCUGCUCUCUACUUCUCAUGUUGAACAGCAACGCCCAAUGUCGUUUGCUGGACGCGGCUCUCUUCGCUCUGAAAGCCCGAUCUACAAAUCGCGCUCGCCUCUGCCUGAUAUUCCUUCCUCGACCACCUCUUCUAUCCUAUCUACCUAUACAUUUGCGUCAUCAACGACUCGGUCGACGGGCUCCGCUUCGCCCACACGAUCACUGUACAGAAAAUCGAUGGUGUUUGACGCGGCUACUGCAAGCAGCACGAUGAACACCAACCUGAUAUACCCCAUCCGCCAACCCAAGGGACCCGAGCCCGGAAAGGUGUUUACGAUUCGUGAACAGAAGCAGUUGCGCGAUGCAACCAUGAUCAAGCCUGCAUUCUUUUAA